ACUAGUAAUUAGUUACCGAUAAAUUGUGGAGGAGGAACAGAGUUUUAUUAUUGUAAGUUUAUGUGUAGCAUAUGAUGGAUACAUAUCGUUGUAAGGCUGGCAGCACAGUGAUAUAACAAGUCUUUAGUUACAUUCAACCAACAAAACACUAUAAACGACAAACUCAAGAUGACCAAACUGAAUAUGUUCUUGCAAGUCUCUUGUGCAUUGAUGGUUUUAUUGGUAACCUAUGUUACCGGCCAGCAGCCUGUAGUUAACGUUCCGGAUUUUGGGACCAUCUAUGGGGAGACCAUCCCUUUCAAACAGGACUAUCCCUCGGUAGACACCCACGUCAACGCCUACCGUGGGAUCCCGUUCGCCAAGAACGCCUCUCAGUAUCGCUUCAUGAAACCCGAGCCGCUUGACGAAUUGGAAGAUGGCUGGCUGAAUGCUACUACAUACAGUAGUAUAUGCUGGCAACUACCCGAAGAGCUUGAGGAUGAAACCCAGAGCGAAGACUGCCUGUAUCUCAAUAUCUGGACGCCAAACCCCAAGCCUACCAAUGCACCUGUAAUGGUCUGGUUUCAUGGUGGUGGAUUUGUGAUAGGGUCAUCAUCAAAACUGGGCUAUGAAGGCCACGCCCUUUCCGGAUACCAUGGGGUGAUCCUAGUUAAUACCAACUAUAGGCUCAACGGUUUUGGCUUCCUCUCUACAGGUGAUGAUGUAUUACCAGGGAUGUACGGAAUGUAUGAUCAACUGGAAGCACUUAAAUGGGUUCAGAAAAAUAUAGGAGCCUUUGGUGGUGAUCCGGAUCAAGUGACUAUCUUUGGGCAGAGUGCUGGCGCUGGUAGUGUUGGUAUUCAGCUUCUCUCUCCAGAAAGUGAGCCAUACUUCCAGAGAGCAAUCCUAGUUAGCGGCACAGCUACUAGUCCAUGGGCGGUUGAGACGGAUGCUACGAAGGCCAGAAAUGAUGCCUUUGGAGUCGGUGAAGCAGCCCGCUGUGAUGAUUUAAGUUCAAGCCAAGCUUUAGCGGAUUGCCUGAGAGGUCUCCCGGAGAAGACACUGACGUUUGCCAUAGACAGAAUUCUUCUCGAAACCACGAACGUCAUCCCCUUUGUUCCGACUGUAGAUGGUGAUUUUCUGCCAGACAACCCCCUCAGUCUAGUCAAGGCCAAUCGUUUCAAGAAGUGUCCCAUCAUGCUUGGUGCUACAAAAGAUGACGGAAGUCUCAUUGCUGCAAGGGCCUUCCUUAGACAGAUAAACACCGACGAAGGCUACGCCAACAGAACCGAAUUCCGUGACGCGCUCGAACGUUUCACCUACACGUACGUCAAUGAUGUCAUCGUCGAUUCGAUCAUGCAGGAAUACGUUGACUGGACUAUCGCUGACGACCCCGAAGUAAACUAUUUCUAUGACUACAUCGCAGUCCAGACUGACGAGGCGUUCGCCUGUCCGUCCGUCGACUUUGCAAGAUAUUACGCUGAGGAAGGGCAGGAUGUCUAUCUAUAUGACUUUACACAUUUACCCAACCAGACCGUGUGGACCAGCGAACUGGCCUCACCAGGGUGGAAGGGCGUGGCCCACGCUGAAGAUUUACAGUUCAUCUUUGGAUAUCAUUUUAAUCCUUAUCUGACUUUGUGGGACAACAUGCCAUUGGAAGAAGUGGAUUUCACCGUAGAUGUCAUGCGAUAUUAUACCAACUUUGCGAAGACAGGGAAUCCUAACUUAGAGAUGGUCGGUGGACUACCAGACGUGUCUCCCAAAGCAUGGCCUAAGUUUAGUUUACCUGAUCUAGACUACAAAAUUCUGGACCCAGCUGUCGAGAACGGUCGCGCAUUAAAAGCAAGACAGUGCAACUUUUGGAACAAACACUUGCCAAGUCUUGUUAUUCAAUCAAUGGAUAUGUCGGACCUCGAGGAGCAAUGGAGAGAGGAUUACAAUCGAUGGAAAACAGAAGAUAUGGUGGAAUGGCAAGCAGCUUUCGAGGAAUACAAAUCCUACCCUCAGCCUUGUAAUUAGGAUUACGAGGAUUUGUGAAAUCCUUAAGAAUACGAAUCUAUGCUAUCGAUAAAUCCCGGGGAUUCGAAAAAGAAGCUAUAGACACACUUUAUGUAUAAUUUGUUACUAAGAGGGCGGCUACUUUGAUAAAGCGAUGUAAAAUAAAAUUCAUCAGUAUGCAUUCAAUAAACAUAUUUGGAUGAACCUUUUUACUUAUUUAAUUUGUCAAGUAGGUGCCUGGUACAUCCUUGAUGAUAACGCCCACACUACGUAAACCAAGAGCUGAUGGAGGGAGCGUACCCCCCCCCUUUUCAAAUAGGUCUAUUUCAAAGACGUUACACUGAAGAGUCAGUUUUCAUUAACAAACAAUGAAUGGUGAAAACUGUUAGUAUUUUAAAUCAUGUAAAUAUAUUUUCACUACAAUAGCGUGUGAACAUAGUAACAUAAAUCUAAUGCAUGUAUUUCGUUUGGUAUGAUCUCAUAACAUGUUUAAAUUGUGAAGCAUACCCUUCAAUUUCCUUGAUAGUUAACCCGGUUUGACUGAUGUUCUAGUUGACUCGUUUUUGUUCCAGUCAUCUGAUAUGGCAUAUUUUAGUUUAGUUUGCUCUGCAUGCGUUUCUUCUUUGUAUUUCAUUGAUGUAUACAUUUUAAUCAUGUGAAUAUUUCCAUAUUUGUUAUGUCUUUUCGUCUUGGGUAACAACAAAUGCAAUAAAUUUCAUAAAAGACUAUUCAACUUGUCCAAUUUAAGUUUUGAACUAUCUUGAUACACAUGAUACAUUAGGGACGUAAAUUAAACUGCCAUGACUAUCAAAAACUGAUCAGUAAAUACAUGAAAACCAGAUUUGUCUGUUGAUACAUAUUACAUAAAAUUGAAUCAAGAUUCGUAUUUGAUUCUGACUCUCAACGAACAUAGCUUUGGAUUAUCUGAUUUAUUUUCUCUCGAUUCUUUCAAUAAAUAUUGUUAAUAUUCCCUUUUCACUGGUGUGACAUCGCAAAGAGACUGGCAGACAAGUCUCGACCUGCCCUUACAAUAUUCAAUACCAACAUGACGAAAUAUACAGUUAGAACAAAAUUUGUAAAUAGACGUCUCAUGAACUUUUAUCAUUACGUCGGGAGUUAAUUGGUGUAUAAAUAUUUGAUUAAUCAUCGAUACAAUGAUAACCUGAUAACAUGCUGAGUUAUCUUUUGAGUAAGCGAUUAUCACAUGAAGCAAACGUUACUACAUUCAUGAUCUACAUUCAGUGUCUACAGUUGCUCAAUAUAUACCCCCAGUCACAUAAAAGCGAUCGAGAAAUUAUUGAUAACAUAUUUGAUUCUUACUCUUGUGAUGGGUGUAUCGACCGAUUCUAGAUACACUGUACGUACUUGUCCUGAGGACGAGUUAGUUUAGUUUAGGAGUUUGAGAACUACGCUCGAAAUGGCGAUUGAAUAAGAUCGGUUCCUGAAAUCA